AUGACCAGUGGCCACGAGACUCAGGGCCACGAGACCCAGAGCCACGAGAUGACCAGUGGCCACGAGACCCAGGGCCACGAGACCCAGGGCCACGAGAUGACCAGUGGCCACGAGACCCAGGGCCACGAGACCCAGGGCCACGAGACUCAGGGCCACGAGAUGACCAGUGGCCACGAGACUCAGGGCCACGAGAUGACCAGUGGCCACGAGACCCAGAGCCACGAGACCCAGGGCCACGAGACCCAGGGCCACGAGAUGACCAGUGGCCACGAGACCCAGGGCCACGAGACCCAGGGCCACGAGACCCAGGGCCACGAGACUCAGGGCCACGAGAUGACCAGUGGCCACGAGACUCAGGGCCACGAGACUCAGGGCCACGAGAUGACCAGUGGCCACGAGACCCAGGGCCACGAGACCCAGGGCCACGAGAUGACCAGUGGCCACGAGACCCAGGGCCACGAGACCCAGGGCCACGAGACUCAGGGCCACGAGAUGACCAGUGGCCACGAGACUCAGGGCCACGAGAUGACCAGUGGCCACGAGACCCAGGGCCACGAGAAACAGGGCCACGAGACCCAGGGCCACGAGAUGACCAGUGGCCACGAGACCCAGGGCCACGAGACUCAGGGCCACGAGACUCAGGGCCACGAGACCCAGGGCCACGAGACUCAGGGCCACGAGAUGACCAGUGGCCACGAGACCCAGGGCCACGAGAUGACUAGUGGCCACGAGACCCAGGGCCACGAGAUGACCAGUUGCCACGAGACCCAGGGCCACGAGACUCAGAGCCACGAGAUGACCAGUGGCCACGAGACCCAGGGCCACGAGACUCAGGGCCACGAGACUCAGGGCCACGAGACUCAGGGCCACGAGACUCAGGGCCACGAGACUCAGGGCCACGAGACUCAGGGCCACGAGACCCAGGGCCACGAGACCCAGAGCCACGAGAUGACCAGUGGCCACGAGACCCAGGGCCACGAGACUCAGGGCCACGAGACUCAGAGCCACGAGAUGACCAGUGGCCACGAGACUCAGGGCCACGAGACUCAGGGCCACGAGACUCAGGGCCACGAGACUCAGGGCCACGAGACUCAGGGCCACGAGACCCAGGGCCACGAGACCCAGGGCCACGAGACCCAGGGCCACGAGACCCAGGGCCACGAGACUCAGGGCCACGAGACUCAGGGCCACGAGACUCAGGGCCACGAGACUCAGGGCCACGAGACCCAGGGCCACGAGACCCAGGGCCACGAGACCCAGGGCCACGAGAUGACCAGUGGCCACGAGAUGACCAGUGGCCACGAGACCCAGGGCCACGAGACUCAGGGCCACGAGACUCAGGGCCACGAGACUCAGGGCCACGAGACUCGAGGCCACGAGACUCGAGGCCACGAGACUCAGGGCCACGAGAUGACCAGAAUGUCAUUACUGAAAUUUAAAUAA